AUGCCUCCCGUGCGCAGUGGAAAGAACAAGAAAGCCCCACCGGCAGGCUUCACCGAUAUUGAAGACACUCUGCUUGGGUACACGAAUCGCAUGCGCGACGCGCAAAAUGCCAGCACCGAGGGCAAGCGCAAGCAUGAGGCGUUGUGGCCAAUCUUCCAGAUCAGUCACGCGCGCUCACGAUACAUCUACGACCUGUACUACGAGCGCGAGGCGAUCUCCAAGGAGUUGUACGAGUGGCUGCUAAAAAACAAGUACGCAGACAAAGAGCUCAUCGCGAAGUGGAAGAAGCAAGGGUACGAGAAGCUGUGCUGUUUGAGAUGCGUGCAGACCAAGGAGACGAAUUUCGGAGGUAGUUGUGUAUGCAGGGUGCCGAGGGCGCAGAUGAAGAGACAGGAGGAGGGAGAUGGGAAGGAUACGGGCGCCGGGGGCGUUCAGUGUGUCAAUUGUGGGUGUCGUGGGUGCGCAAGCUCCGACUGA